GCGGCCUGACAGUUCACAUUCGAACCCACACUGGAGAGAAACCUUAUAAGUGUGAACGCUGCCCAGCCAGCUUUGCUCAGAGGUCUGCUUACAAUACCCAUGUAAGAAAAAGACAUGAAGCUGGGCAAGACAGGAAGCUUAUGCCAGUCUACUGGAUGGUAGUUCCACCUGCAGAUAGACCAGAUGCAACAUACUGUGAAACAAAUAUUAGCAAAGAAAGAUGGGAUGGGGCAUCAGAUACUGGGUUGCGAAAAGCUACCAGGAGCAAAGAAGCCAUGGACUACGAGGAAGAACCAGGGAGCUCAUCUAAUGCACAAGUGGAUUGCAGCAAUGAAGGGGAAGAAAGGAAGGGGCAAUAUGAUGAAGCUGAAGCUAACAGAGAAGACGAAAAUGAAGAGGGGGAUGAGGAUGAAGAAGAAACAAAUGUGAAGGGGGAAGAGGAGGGAGAUUACGAUGCAGUUUAUUCUGAAGCAGAUGGUAGUAAAGAUAACGAGGAUGUUAGUACGGAUGACGACGAUGACUCCUCUAAUGAUAAAGAUGCUGAAGAAAAUGAAUCGGGUGAAGACUUUAAAAUAAAGAAGGUAAAUAAGGCCCGGGUAACUAAGAAGUCUGCCUAUGUUAUAACAUGCGAUAAAUGUGAUGAGCAGUUUGUAUCUCGGAAAAAAUAUGUGGAUCACUGCAAAGAUGUUCAUCAGUCCUUGCCCGGUAAAGUCUAUCAGUGUGAUAUCUGUAGCAAGUCAUUUGCUAGCUACAACAGCUGGAAAGAGCACAGAGCAUGUGUCCACACUGAAGAAAGGCAGUUUGCCUGCACCAUCUGCAAUGCUACGUUUAAAAGAAAGAGAGACGUGAGGACACAUUAUAUGCGGAAGCAUGAAGGGAGAGUGAAGCGCCCACUGUGUUCGGUCUGUGGGAAGAUUCUGAGCUCUCGAACUGCAUUGGUGUUUCACAUGCGGACACAUACAGGGGAAAAACCCUACGAAUGUAGCAUUUGUCAUUCAAAAUUUGCACAGCCGUCACAGCUUAAGAUCCACACCAGGUCUCAUACAGGAGAAAAGCCAUAUAUUUGUGAGGACUGCGGAGCUUGCUUUGCUGACAAAGGCAAACUAAAUGGUCACAAGAGGACACAUACAGGAGAGCGUCUCUUUAAAUGUGACGUGUGUGGAAAACAUUUUGCCACCAAUGAAUACUUAAAAUGCCAUAAGCGAUGCCACAUGGGAGCUAAGCCCUAUAAAUGUGAUGUUUGUGGGAAAACGUUUGGACUGAGAGCCUCGCUAGCCCAACACAGUAAUGUUCAUGCAGAGACACGUCCAUAUUUCUGCGAACAGUGCGGAAAAACAUUUACUCAGCAAGGAGCUCUCAGGCGUCACCAACGUAUUCACACCGGUGAAAAACCAUACAAGUGCAGGGCUUGUGAGAGAACCUUCACAGACAUGUCCACCUUACGGAGACACGUAUCGAUCCAUGACCGGAAUGCUCACUGGAGAAGUUUCUUAAUAGAUCUUACUACCAAAAAAGACCAUAAUUGGUCCAAAAUAGAAACCUUGUCAGAUGUCUGUAUGGGUGAGGACUCAGCACCUGAAAUUUGGUCAGUUGACCAAGGUAAACUUUAUAAACCAGAAAGUAUUAGUGUAAAAAAAGCAGAACAGAGGCCAUCUAGUGUUAACAUGCGAGACGCUGAUCACUCCCUUUUAUACUUGUAACUCUUAUUGCUCUAACCAGAAAACUAUAAAAUCUCUUGAUACACUAUGAACGAAAACAUUUCAAAUCUUUUUUCAAUAUAGCUGCUUCAUUUUUAAGCUAUGUGAGAUACUCUUAUCUUUUUGCAUUUGAUACGAGAUGUUACAUUGCAGUCUUUUAUCUUGUUAUGGUAAACUAUUUAUGCCAAUUAGGUGUUAGACCUGAGCACAGAGUUUUAUUUUUUAAAAAUAUCU